AUUUAAAGAAACUUCUUCUCCAAUAUUUCUUUACUUUAGUUACCAAAUAUUUGGUCAUUGAUUUUGCCUUGCAUUUCACACAGCCCGCUCUAUAAAUCUCCCACUACCAACCACCCAAUCCUUUCAAACCCUGCCUUUUCUCUCUCUUGACUUUUUUUCUCAACUCAAAAAAUGACCGCAAGAACGGACCAAAUUGUUAGUGGCGCGUCUUUCUCACUCUCCUCCCAAUCUCCUAGCUUCACUACUUUCUCUUCUGAAAACAUCGCCGAUGUUGCAGCGCGUGUUGUCAAGGAGCUCAACUUAUCUUACGAUGAUCCCUAUGAUGAUGACUUCUACUCUGACUUUUCUUAUGACGACGCAUUUCAAGACACCCACCAAUACGACACCGUCCAAAAGAAGGAAGAACAACAAGAACAACGAGAAGACAAGAAUUCUGAUGACGAAGAUGUAGAGAGUGAAUUUGAAUUUGUGGUUUUAUGUGGAGAAGACAAUUCAUCACCGAUUUCAGCCGAUGAAAUCUUCUCUGAUGGUAAAAUAAAACCAUUAUUUCCUGUUUUUAAUACGGAUUUGAUAUACGGGUACGGGUAUGACUAUCAAAAUGGAUCUGGGUUGGAUGAUCCACCUCAAAAGAUCCGGUUGCCUUUGAGGAAGCUCUUUGAGGAAAGCCGAAAUGGAAACGGAAACGGUACAGUGUCGUGUUCGUCAUCUGAAGGCGACGAUCUAGAAGGGAUCCCAGAAGGGACGUACUGUGUGUGGACCCCAAAGAAAAAAGAAGAAGUAAUAGAGAUGAGGAAGAAAAGUAAAUCAACUGGAAAUGGAUCAUCGAAACGGUGGCGUUUUAGGGAUUUGUUGUACAGAAGUAAUAGCGAUGGGAAAGAUACAUUCGUAUUUUUGACUCCGUCAAAUGAUCAAAACAAAAACGAAAACCGUAAAGCGAAUAAUGGAAAUGGAAAUGGAAAGAGGAAAGAGAAAAUAAUGAGGGUAGGAGGGAAUAAGAAAAAAAGUGGUUGUGAUGUUGAAAAGAAGAAAUCAUAUUUACCAUAUCGGCAAGAUCUUGUUGGGUUUUUUGCAAAUGUGAAUGGGAUUAGUAGGACAGUUCGACCCUUUUAAUCACAGUUAUUAUCAUGAUUCUUUAUGAAUUAUGUUCAUUUUUUCACCUUAAUUAAUUAAUUAAUUAAUUAAUUAAUGCUUAACACUUCCUUUGUAGUUUGUAUACACCAGAAGUAAAUACAAGUAUUUGGGUUUGUUC